CCUACGCGAGCGAGACUAGUACAUAAACUUCUACUAGUAAUACGCUUCGUGAGUCACAAUCCACGAAGAUCCGGUCCAGACGCGUUUUUUACACGUAUAAGCUGACCUGCGAGUCGAUCUAUUUCGGAAUGCUAACAGGUCAACCGGUCACACAUCACUCUAUACUAUUCCGCACGUACGUAAGGGUUGAGUUCUUGUCACAAUCUGGGAUCAUUUGAGGGUCCAAGUUUGUCGCUCAUGUACAGCUUCAGGUUGCCCACAGGAGUCAAUUUAGGCGUACUAUUUGCGCCCCAACCUGUUUGGAAAUUCAAGCGAGCGCUGGCUCGAAAAUAUAAGGACAGCCUCGUUGCGGACUUGUUGCUUCGAGGCUUUUGUACCUUUGUAUCUCAUUGACGCAGCUCAAGUCUAACUUGUUCCCCAGCCUUUCAUAUAAACACAAACUCCUCUUGUUCAACAGACCAUGUUGGAUUUACUCUCCAAAGAUCGAAUAGUCGACGAGGCAGGCCUCAGAGCCGCCUUGUAUCAUCUAGACACAAUCUCAAGUUCAGGAGCAACCGCAUUACAAGCCACGGUCGAACAUAUGUUGUCAUCACCUCAUGUUUUUGCAUAUAUCAUUUCUGUUUGGGAUCGCCGUGAGGCAAUGAUCUCACAGAUCAUGACAGACUUUCCAACGAAAUCUCAAGAAUAUCCAGCAUCCAUCGCGAGAAAGAUGCUAGACAGUCUGUCUAUGUACUUUUUGGCUUUGCCUGUUGAAUCUUUAGCGACGGAUGUCUCGAGGAACAUCAGCCGCCACAGAGGCUUCAUCGAGGGCGCUCUACCCGUACUUUGCGCGUUGGGCACUAUGAAAUUUACUGGUACAGGGUCAUCUGAAGACGAGAUUGAUCUCUUCGAUGUCGAAUCUGAUUAUGGAUUCAUCAAGAGGAAAGUCCCUCAAAAAAUGCGCAAGCGUAAUCGCCUGAAAGUUCAUACGGCCAUCGACACAUCGCUCUUUGUGAGGCUCGGUGUGGUUGUGCCUCUCACGAGCGAGGCUGCCGCGUCAUUGUCUACCCACAUUCUCGCGGAGCUGAAACAUGCUCUCUCGUUCUAUUUCUCGCUUCUGCGGAGGACGGAAUUGGCAGGCGACAUCAAAACCUUACUCCUCCCGAACGUGGGAGAGUCUGCCAAAGAUGUUGCGCCUGAAGUUUCGUCAACCGAGGAUGUUGAGAACCCAACAAAGCGACCCAAUGCGUACCCAAUGGUGCAGCCUAUGAAGGCUGCGCUUUACUUCGACAACGCGGACGGGUUCGGAGAGUGGCGAAUCCUCAUAUCUACGGAGGCCUCCAAAAAUUUGCGUGAAUUCCGUAGAGCAGAUGAGAAGAUAUUCAGGAUUAUUGUCAAGAAGAUCAAACAACUAUCGAAUGGUCAUUUCUCAGAAGAUAAUCACAAGCGACUUAACGGGCCGGAUACAGGUAUACCUAUCCACGAGGCCAAGAUGACAAGGGACCUACGAUUAGUAUACCAGAUCGAUUGUGUCCUUGACCGGGAUGGCGAGUCCGAAAGACAAGUAAUCAAGGUAUACGGCAUUUAUACGCAUGCUCAGCUUGGCAGGAUAUGGGAUGCCUUGGGUAGCCAUCUUGCACGUAAGGGCAGAGAGUAUCGUAGAAGGUGUAUCUUCCGGAACAGACCAGUCAUUUCUAAUGACUGCGUCAUUCUGCCUGCGUCAUUCCCACCAGCUGAACAAGAACCAGAAUUCUCAGGAAGCCCACUUGAUCUUAGUGAUAAGGAUAUGGACCGCGUUGAGCGUUUUCAGUUGUCAUUUAUGCCCCCAUUAAUCCAUGACACAGCUUCACUCUUUGCUUGUUUUGGAGAAAUAUGUUACAUUCUCGCAAGUCUCAUCGCGAACCAAGACGUACAGCACGUCUUCAUACUCACACCUCAAGAACAAAAGAUUGUCGAGUGUACCGCAUCAUGCUACGUCUUGGGUCGCAGCGGCACGGGGAAAACCACGACGAUGCUGUUCAAGAUUCUCGGCAUUCAGCGAGCUUGGGAGAUGAGUGCCGUUGACAUGCCGAAGCCACGCCAAAUCUUCGUCACCAAAUCCAGAGUGCUCGCUACGAAAGUGGAAGAGUAUUUCACGAAGCUUCUCGAAUCUCUGGCGUUAGCAGGCUAUACCCUGGAGGAACUUGCAAAAAUGAAGGCACAAAGUGUUCAGGAGGGCCUUGUUGAUCUCGACGACCUGCCCGAUUCACAGAUGAAUAUUCCCAUGAAAUACAGCGAACUUGAGGAUAAGCACUUUCCUCUUUUUGUGACUUUCGAUCGACUGUCGAAGAUGAUCGCGGCAGAUAUGUUGAGCAAGGAUGUCCCCGAAACGAGAGAUAGCGCAGGACUUUUCUUCAAUGUUGACGAUGCUGAGGCGCAUGACUGUUUCGUCACCUAUGACGUAUUCGCAAAUCAAUACUGGCCUCAUUUUCCGCAGAAUCUCACUAAGAAUCUUAACCCGUGGUUGGUUUUCAGUGAAUUCAUGGGGAUCGUCAAAGGCUCCGAACAUGCACUGACCUGUCCUGAAGGAGUUCUCGAUCGCCCGAAUUACCUCCGUCUUCCUCAUCGUUCUAACCCAAACUUUGCGAAUCAGAGGGGAAUUCUGUAUGACAUCUUUGAGUAUUAUACGAAAAUCAAGAAGCAGCGACGUCAUCAUGAUGUUGCAGAUCGCACGCAUGCGGUACUUAAGGUCUUGCGGAGCCAGAGGUUCCCUGGUCAACAGAUCGAUUAUCUGUAUGUCGACGAAGCACAAGACAACCUUCUGAUCGACGCACUCUUUUUGAGGCAAUUAUGCAGGAAUCCAGACGGUUUGUUCUGGGCUGGGGAUACCGCACAGACAAUUUCUGCAGGGAGUUCCUUUAGGUUCGAUGAUCUGAAAGCCUUUCUCUACCGUGUGGAGCAGCAAAAUACCCCGGUCAAUUCCGCUGGAGCAUGUCUUCAUCAGCCUACGAUGUUUCAAUUGGCGAUCAACUACAGAUCGCACGGUGGCAUCGUCAACUGCGCACAUUCUGUGAUCGAACUCAUCACAAAAUUUUGGCCCAACACAAUCGAUAACCUUCGGCCAGAAAGGGGGGUGGUUGAUGGGCUGAAGCCUGUAUUUUUCACAGGUUGGGAUAAAGACACCGUCCGUUAUGAACAAUUCUUGUUCGGGGCAAGCGGUAGUCACAUUGAGUUCGGAGCGCAGCAAUGCAUCCUCGUGCGUGACGAUGCGGCACGUCAAAAGUUGCGAGAACAAGUUGGUGAAAUUGGACUGAUUAUGACGCUUUACGAGAGCAAAGGCCUGGAAUUCAAUGAUGUGCUUUUGUACAAUUUUUUCGAGGAUUCUGUUAUAGAUCUGUCACGAUGGCGCAUAGUUCUCAAUGGAGUAGAGGGUCAAGAACAUGCGCCGAACUUCGAUCGUGAUGAGACGCGAUACGCUGGGGUUUGUAGCGAGCUCAAACUUCUUUACGUGGGAAUCACUCGAGCAAGGAAGAACAUGUGGAUCGUUGACAAGUCUGAUAAAUCAGACCCAAUGCGUAUAUUCUGGACGUCUCGCAAUCAAGUCCAGAAUUGCACACCCGGCACCGAUGUCCCUCAUCUAGCCGUCUCCUCGACUCCAGAAGAAUGGGCAUCCUUCGGGCGCUCGCUAUUCUCGCACAAGCGCUACUCGCAAGCUAUCCACUGCUUCGAACGUGCUAACCUUCGUCGUGAGGUGAACGUCUGUAAAGCAUACCAACUGCGAGAAGUCGCACGUUCUAGUGUCGGGGUGGCCAUACUCAGUGACCAAAAAAGAGCUUUUAACUUGGCUGCCGAUGCCUUUACUGAUUGUGGUGCGACCGCAACAGGAAACCAGAAGCUCCAAUAUUAUCGUAACUCGGCGGAUUGCUACAUUCGAGCAGGGGAUGAUAUCAAAGCUGCUGAGGCCUAUCUCAAUGCUGAAGAGUUCGAGCAAGCAGCGAAAAGAUAUCGCAAGGCUGGACGGUUUGACAAGACCCUUCAUGUUCUUGGUGGCCAUAGCAUGAAUAUACCUGAAGAGACCAAGGCGGAGUUAUGGACUGUGUGCAGACUGUUUUACUGCAGCAGAAACAACACUAAGGCUCCCUUACCUCUCUUCUCGACAUUUGAUGAGGAACUCGAAUUUCUGGAGGACUAUGAUCUUGAUUUCGCUCGAGCCUCGCUGCUUGAAUCCCACUCAAGGUACUAUGAGGCCGCAGAACUCCACUUGUCAGAGAACAGGCCCUUGGAAGCUGUCCGAGCGUUCAUUAAGGACAACGGCAACGGCAAUUCUACUAUUCGUGCGGCCGAAACUAUAUUGGAAUACUUCUGGCGCAAAUGCUCCUUUAGAAUUACUGCAAAAACUGCUGCUGAUGAGCCAAUGCGGCAUUUCAUCGCUCUCGCUGAUCAACUAGAGACGAACAAACUGACGCUGGCGACCCGUGAUCUAAUAUCGAUGUUUCGGACCAUCCUGUGCGGAAAUCAUGAGCCGUUGAGAAACCUUGCGCUUAGCCUCCAUGGAAAUAACAACCAGCCAGCAGCUCUCCUUUGCCUGGACCAUAUAUUCUCUCGAACCACAGACAUUCGAACGUUCGCGGUCGAAGAAAUGCAACGGUUCCUUCAGCAAUUUCAUGCCUAUGCGCGACUGCUGUAUCUGAUUUUGACGAUCCCUGACCCCAUGGACUCGGAGCAUAGGGGUAUACAGAGACUGUUCUCCAUCGUGCAGUUGUCCGGGGAUGAGUUUCUCAUACCAGAUGGAACGUUCCUCCACAACUGUGUGAUGGAAACCCGCCAAGGCAUCACUUGGGUAACGGAACAUCCGUCUGGGUACACAGCCUCUCGUAGAAACGUCACUCAGCUGCUGCAAGAAUCCAUUCGAACGAUCUUGAAAGACAAAGUAUCAGAGAUCGAUGCUAUGUGUUGCAAAUCUCCUGUUUUCUCGCAAUGUCUGCCAUUCUUGAUGUCUGGAGUAUGUCGAAGAGAUAACUGUCCCCAAGAGCAUGUCACAGUAUCGAAAUUGGAUCGCCAAUAUUACAACAACCGUGUUGCGAUCCACAUCUGGCAAAUUCUUAUCUUGCAAUUUAUGUAUUCCGCUCAUCCAUACAUUGAACGACGCAAUAGCAUGAGGGACUGGCUCAAGCAUCUUUACGAGGCUAUCAAUCCACCCUUCUUCAUUCAAGGUUCCCCCGCGGACCUUGAUAUAAACCUGAUGCCUCUUCGUCUAGAUGGCAUGAAAGUGGUGAAGCUCUGGAUCCGCGAAUCCUUCUACUCGCUCGACCCAUUCUAUACUCAGGCUGAAUUUUUGACGGCGUUAAUGGGGAUAACCAGUCUAAGUUUCGCUUUUGACAGGAACGACGCACCUGUCUACAUCUCUCGAGCAAAGUGUACGGUCUCCGGACCGUUAGAACUCUUUCGCAAGGGGGACAAUCGCUAUAUGGUUCAUGACCUGCUCAGUUCUUACCAAGGAGCUACCCGCAGCAGUAUCUCAUCGGGAAUUCUGUAUCUUUUGCAUGUUCUCGAUAAUCGUUUAUAUGCCAACCUCUCCGUAUUGUGCGACUGUAUCGAGGACAUCUGCAGCGCUUUUGUAAUCAAGUACCGAAUGGACCCAGACUUUAAUAAGUUUCCCCUCCAUGACGUCGUCCUUCCAUGCAGCUGGCUGUUACUUCCCCACAAAUUCACUGCUGAGAAAGACACUAAGCUGUUUUUGAUGGGCAAGCUUCUGGAUGAGAUAGCGAGGCUGGUCGAAGCAUUGCGGAUAGAAGUCGGCAUGGAAUUCCUCUGGCUGAACCAUACCAGAUUUACGCCCAUUCUCCGCAAUGUUUUUAUCUCCCGGAUCUGCAGGGUUCUCUGCCUUAUUGCUCAUAACAUCAGGAAUCGCUUCAUGAGAGAGAAAGUAGACAAGAUCAUUAUUUCUCUGCACAAGAACAACCCUCCUUGGCGUCCAGCUAACUAUCGGAAACUCGUGGAUGACGUGGCCAGGUACAUGACACCAGGACGGACGCCACCCUCAGAUGUUUACCUGCGAGCUCUCCUGGCUUUCGACAACAACAAAGGAGUGAGCAACCUGGUGCAUCUUGUCCACAAAACGAUGAGCCAGCAUGACCGAGGCUAUGUAGUCCGACGGCUCGUAUACGAGAAGAUCGUCGAGAUUCCCCAUCUCCUUUUAUCGUACGCAGUGAUCGCUCAGUCUACUCUGAGAGUAGAGGCUCCGGCCUUCGUACCUCGCAUAGGACAUUCCAAGGAUCAAGCAGAGGUUGUACAGCAUGAUGAGAAAGAGAUAACCGAACCCCAACCGCAGGAGUUUGACGGAGAAGAAGAAAAGGAAGAGGAAGAUAUCACGACGAAUGUUGAUACUGAGACCCGUGAUACAUCUGAGAGUGUAGAUGAAGCGGUGACGUCGCUUGCACCUGAUUUCGACGAGUCGCUACGCUCUAACGGACCAUCGGUGGAAGAACAAAAGGCAGCUUGCAAUAUUCAGAACGCAUACCGCCGUUAUGUUGGACGUCGCUCGAGUCGUGCAGUGAAUGCAGAAAUCGAUGCGAUAUUCACGACAUGCCUCAAGGAGAUGCGGUCUUCUGAAUGUCGUCCAGGCUAUUACCAACUUCUUUUUCUUGGACCAUUGCCUCACCUUCUGGUAUGCCUAGAACGAGGCAUUUCUCUGACUCACACUGCAAAAGCGAAGAUGAAAGGCCUUCUCAACAAAGAAUCCCAUGAAAAACUUGAGGAGUUGGGUAAGCAGAGAAAUGAGAUAGCAACGCUCUUCAAGAAAGGAUUAGAAUUACGUAAGCAACUGGAGCCUUCCUCACUGGCUCAUCGUGCCCGUGACAUUGACGCACUUAAAUGUGGGGUUCAAAAAGUCAAGGAAUUCAUGCAGAGGGUUCCUGGCAGCAUGCAAGAUAUGCAAUCUGACUUUCAAAUAGCCUAUAAGGGCAUCGUUGCAGAGAAGAAAGUUCACGCACGCAAAGAGAAAGAGAAACCUAUUCUCAAUGUCGAGGAUAUCGACGACUAUUGAUUUGAUCGGUUGUGGAGUCAAGACCGCCAUUUCGUCUGUGUAUCAUAUAUCACAUUGUACAGUACGUAUUUUUGCAAAUCAAUGCCUGCGCGUCC